UGGACAGAGGUUUGACAAGGCUAUAAAAGAAGCCGACACUCUGGCUGCAGGCAGAACAGAGAGACAGAGAGACAGGGAGCAUCUCAGGAGAAGACCAGUGGACUUAACUCUACCUCCAGUUACCUGCAGUGAGAUUAAACUACAUCCUAUCAAAGAAGAAAAAUGGUCCUGCACAGUGUUGAGGAACUGGUGACCGGUAAGAGGUCAGAGGGCAAAGAGGCGGCGGCCAACUUCCAAGACGGCGUGUACGAGACAGCUGUCCAUCAAGAGAAGCAGGAUGACCGCAGGUCCCACAAAGAGCUGGCGGAGGAGAACGACAGCGGCAGGGAACAGGAAGAAGUCAGCGUGGCUGCUCUCAAUACGGAUAAAAGCGGCAAACUGAAGCUGGAGACAGUGGACGACCUGUUCAACAUCCUGCAGCUGAGGAAGAGGAGGAGGGAGAGGAAGACUCCCAUCCGCAAGAAACGAGAGCCGGAGCCUGAGUUCGUGCCAGAGAUUGUGGAUCAGAAGCUGUUCCUGACAGCAGCCAUGGAGAACAAAAUGGCUGUAGUGGAGAAGUACCUGAGUGACGGAGGAAACCCCAACGUAGCCGACCAUUUCCAGAGAACAGCACUGCACAAAGCCUCGUACAAAGGACACGUGGAGGUGAUGAAGAAGCUGCUGGAGGCCGGAGCUGCCAUCGAGAAAAAAGACAAGCUGGAGGCCACAGCGGUCCACUGGGCCUGCAGAGGAGGCAGCCUGCCGGCCCUGCAGCUCCUCCUCGACCAGGAAGCCAAGUUCACUUCCAGAGACAAGUUGCGCAGCACUCCUCUCCAUGUAGCUGUGAGGACAGGACACUAUGAGUGUGCUGAGCAUCUCAUUCACUGUGGAGCAGACGUCAACGCCAAAGACAGAGACGGAGACACGCCCAUGCAUGAUGCUGUGAGAAUAAACAGAUUCAAGAUGAUCAAGCUGCUGAUGAUGCACGGAGCCAGUCUCAAAACCAAGAACUGUGAUGGAAAAACUCCGAUGGAAACGCUGUAUUCAUGGCAGAACGGAGCCAAGAGCCUCCUGUGUAACUUCAGCGAGUAGAAACCAGUAGAAUCAUGAGUUUCAGCCACAGAAUGUACUGGAUUAUCAGGGAAAAAAUGUUGUAGAAAAAGGGAAAAAAACUUGUAUUUUUCUAGUCCUGUCUGGUUUGUCGGGCAGGACUGUCCAUGGCAUUUCCAUACUGAGGAAGCACACAAGUCUUUUGUUUUGAAAAUCUCUGUUUUUUCAGGGAGGCUUUGCUGAGUGUUCACGCUCUCUUUCAGAGAACGCCCUGCAUCACAUUCAAACUGUCUCACGUGUUGACUGACAGAUAUUCAGCCGGAGUGUUUGGGUGUGGUGGAGAGCAUUAGUCGCUAACAUCCAGCGCCUCCUUCUGGUUCAGGGAUUUGAACCUGUAGGUUAUUGGCAGGGUUACAUUUUCUCAUAUGUCAAUUACACAUAUAUUGUAUCUAGUGUAACGUCACAUGGGAGAAGAACCCUCCGGAAAAAAAACAGCAG